AUGACCGAGGUUUCGGCCACCAGGCUCUAUCUGGGCAACCUUCCUCGCAACGCCACCAAGGCCGAUGUCGAGGCUCACUUUGCGACCCAUGGCACGGGAGAGAUCACCGAGGUCAAGCUGAUGAAUGGCUUCGGCUUCAUCGAGUACAAGGACCCGAUGGACGCGCGAGAUGUCGUCCCUGCUUUCCAUGGAUCUGAUUUCAUGGGAGAGCGCCUGACCGUCCAGUUUGCCCGCGGGUCGCGCAACCGAGAGAGCGGAUUUGGCACCCACGAGCGCGCGCCGCCGCGGCCCCGUCGCACCCCGUUCCGGAUGCAAAUCACCGGGCUUCCAAACGAAACCAGUUGGCAGGACCUCAAAGACUUUGCUCGCCAGUCCAGCCUGGACGUAGUGUACUCCGAGACGGGCCGCGACUCGGGUAGAGGUUUCGUCGAAUUCGAGACGGCCGCCGAUCUACGAACCGCAGUCGAGAAGCUCGACAACCGAGAGUUCAAGGGCCAACGCGUCCAAUGUGUUGCUGAUACCCAGCCAGACAUGCCCCCCCGAGACCGAGGCCGCUCGCGCUCUCCCGGACGGCGACCGUACAUGCCACCUUUCGAUGAGUACGACCGUCGCGGGCCUCCCCGAGGCGCCGGCGGUGCAGGUGCGGCUCCCGGCGGGUACAGCCCACGUCGGGAUGCAGGUCCGUACGGCUACCGCGACCGCAGCCCCCGGCGUGAGUAUUACGACGACCGCGCCCGUUAUCGCUCUCCGCCUCGGCGCCCGAUGGAGGACUACCCGCCGCCGCCACCGCGUGGGCGCUACGACGACCCGUAUCGGCGUGACUACCCGGCGCCUCCCCCCGAUCCGUAUGCCAACGGGCGCACGUACGACCGGCCGCCGAGGGACUUUCCGCCGCGCGAACCGGCGUACCCGCCGCGCGAAGGGUACAACCGCGAGUACGAACGAGGCGGGCGCUACUGGUAA